GGUGUAGUCGCAGUCAGUCAAGCGGAUCUACUGACAGCUCGUCUCCGUGGUUUGUGUCGCGAACACGCUGUCUUUCUGGACCAUGAGGAGGCCUUCUCAGUUCCUCUUGUCAACUCCCAGUCCACAAAUCCAGUGGCCAGUGCUUCUGGUACCACUCCAUAUGUCCAUCUGCGCGCUCGUCGCAGCGCGCUUCCCAACUCCCGUGAACUCGGCCUCUGGCCGGUGUUGCGUUACCUCGGUGCUGUGGAGGCUGGAGAUAGGCUGCCCUCGAAAGGUCGGAAUGUGACCCCUAACAGUUUAAUGGUGGAGGUCAGUGCCGUUGGCAGUCCCGCAGAUGACACACUUCAACGCGAAGUUGUGGAGCUGAUGGAACUCCUUCAUCCUCUCGUUAUUCCUGGUCGCGUUGAUCACGCGCGUCUCGCUUGCCGUUGA